AUGGGAAUAUUAAUUAAAGUUAGUUUGAUGAUGAUACUGAUGGUGUGCCUGAGCAGAUUGGGAGCAGCAGCAGUUUACACAGUGGGUGACUCCACAGGUUGGGCCAGUGGAGCUGACUACACCACUUGGACUAGUGACAAGGCCUUUGCUGUUGGUGAUACCCUUGUUUUCAACUACUCCCCUGGGCACACGGUGGAUGAGGUGUCACAGGCGGACUUCCAAUCGUGCACCACCGGCAACUCCAUAACCACGGACAGCAGCGGGGCCACCAAAAUCACCCUCAAGACAGCUGGAACCCACUACUUCAUAUGCGCCAUCCCUGGCCACUGUGCCGGCGGGAUGAGGCUCGCUGUCCCUGUGGCAGCAGCUGGUAGUACCACCACGGCCCCCGCCACCACGCCCGCCACUGCCACCGCCACCGCCACCACCACAACUACUUCUCCGGUGCCGCCCACUCCACGCACCGGCAGCUUUGCGCAGCCAUAUUCAGCGGCGGCGUCGGUGGUGUUGUCUCCUGGGAUGGCGGUGAUGUUGGGCUUCGUGGUGGUGGGUUUUAAGAGUUUGGUGUUCUGGGCUUAG